CAUUAUCUAUCACAACAACUGCAAAAUUAUUUACAAUCUUUAACCUUUUUGUACAAAUUUAUGCACUCAGAUAUCAUAAUCGGUUGAUUCCAAAAAAUGCAUCAAUACGUGUGCACCAUGGUGUACCAGCAAAACGUGGGGAGGUGCCUUAUCAGGUAGCAAUCAUGGAGAUACACAAAAUAGACUUCGAGACCUUUUGUGGGGGUUGCAUCAUUGCGGCAUCUAGAGUGCUGACGGCAGCUCAUUGUUUCGUUGAUGAUGAUCCGUAUCAACGAGUCUCUAUUGGACGCCCGGAGCUCGUGAUCAGGCCCCUACAAAAUGUACUGGCUGUUGCAGCUUCUGUGAAAAGCGAAUACUUCAAACACGAAACUGAUUCUAUUUCACAAUGGAGGACAUUGCGACAUUUUAUUUAUCCAGAGAAUUUUGAUUUUCCUCAUAAUGACUUAGGCAUCCUGUAUCUCGCCGAACCUUUUAUUUUCAAUCAAUUCGUCCAGCCUAUUAGGUUGGCUACUCAAGAUAAAGAUUAUUCUGGAUUUUGCUUAAUAUCUGGAUAUGGACAGAUGUCUGAAACUGAAGACUCGCCUUAUUUAUUAAAGGCAACCAUACGACUUUUGCCUGUGUCCUGGUGUAGUGAACUACAUCAUAAAGACAUGAGUGAUGUGAUCUGCACGUCAUUAGUCGAGGCUGAUAUUGGAUCGGGUGACUCGGGUGGACCCCUAGUCUGUCAAGGCACUGGUGAUCCCAUGGAAAAAGACAAUGGGAUUUUAGUUGGUAUCGCCUGCGCAACUUACGGUGACAUCCACUCAGUAUUCACAAGAGUUUCGAGGUGGCAAUAAAAGGAUUAGUGAAUCGCCGUUUAAGAAAAUAUAAAACAUCCUGUGGUGCAACAAUAAUCAA